UGGCUGCUUUUUUCUUAAAAAUGCAAACUGUUCUCCAUGUGUCACAGAGGGCAACACAGGAAAUCAUUGAACAUAUUGAUCAGUUAUUUUUGCUGUCAGAGCCUCUUGUCAGGGAAUCUGUUAUCAAAAUAAUGGAAAAAAGUAAUUGCCCCUUUACUGACACACUUGUGAGUGAGAUAGUCCGUGCAGUAUCGGAGAGUAAUGUUUUGCAUACGUCAGUUACAGCUGAAGGACCCCUGUCAACCGCCAAAAGGAGGAAAACAUUUUAUGAAGAAAAUUUUCCACUUAUUAGGCCUGUUGAAUACCUGAUUGAGUCGUCAAAGCAUACCUUUAUGUAUGUACCUAUUCUCAGUACUUUGCAACAGUUGUUAAAAAAAACAGAUGUACUUGAGAAAGUCCAAGAAACCACUUCUAAGUUGCCUGGACAGUAUUUGUCGCACUGCGAUGGCUCCUACUACCAGGAAAAUAAGCUUCUCUCAGAAGAGGGUCAGAAGUUAUCAAUAAUUCUGUAUGUUGAUGAUUUUGAAAUCGCAAACCCUCUGGGAACAUCAAGAAAAAUACACAAAGUAUGCGCAGUUUAUUGGACAUUAGGUAACCUGCCAGCAAAGUACCGUUCAGCUCUCCAUUCAACUCAACUUGCUCUUUUGUGUAAUUCUAAUGAUGUUCGGGAAUUUGGAUUUUCAAAGGUCUUUGCACCCCUCUUAAAGGACCUAAAAACUCUUGAAGAGGUGGGUGUCUAUAUUGAGGCUUUUGGUGACUGUGUCAAAGGUACAGUCUUCUCUGUUGCAGCUGAUAACCUUGCUGCCCAUGCGCUAGCUGGCUUCAAUGAGAGCUUCAGGUCUACAUAUUUCUGCAGAUUUUGUCUUACCACCCAGACUGAAAUGCAAGCAUCAGAUGCAGUCACUGGUGUUAACCUGAGAACCAAAGAUCUGCAUGACAGCCUUGUUCAAGACAUUCAGAAAGGAUUUCCACCUGAUGUCCUGCAUGACCUGUUUGAAGGUGUGAUUCCUGUUGAGUUGGCGCAUUGUCUCAAAGUCACAUAGUGAUAGCCGCAUCACACCAGAGGACAUCCUCCUCUUCCCCCUGGGACCUAAGGGAGGAAGAUCUCAGACCCGUUCCAUCAUUUUUCCAGUAGAGAUCACCCUGACACCCAGGACAACAUACUGUAAGGUUCCUCUAACACAGUGAAAAUGGAAGAAUCUGACGUCCUCAAACUUAGGGUCAUCCUUGACGAUGUCAAUGCUGAGAGGCUAAUUUUGCGCUCUCGUCCUGAGACUAUAAAUGCCCUCAUAUCUGAGGUGAAAAGUAAACUGAACCUGAUGUAUGAAUUCCGGCUUCAGUUUCAAGAUCCAGAUUUUGACAAUGCUUUAUGCAAUUUAGUGAACAUAGAGGACCUGCCAUCCAAGGCAACAGUUAAAGUAGUGAGGCUCAUUGAGGCAGAUCAGUCCUCUACGAGCACGGAUGAUACAGUGUUACUGUCUGACAAUACUGAAUCACCUGAGCGUCUUUGCCGGUGGCCAGAAGUCUUCAUUGUUCCAACAUUCUCAUAUGAGGUAGAGUACUCUCUGAGAGAAGGCAACUCUGUAUUUGAGAGAGAAGGGAAAUGUCUCCGAUUGACCAGAGAUCAAAAACACAACAUACUUGAUGUCAUGGCAGCUGAAAUAUACAAGCACAAAGCUUAUCCUAGUACCUCACAGAUUGGCAAGGCUGCAGAGGCUUUAGUCAGGAAACACCCCUGUCUCAAAGAACAAGGUUCCAAAACUGGGUGUGAGGGUUGGAAGAACAGCCUUCGCUUUAAGAUGGGCAACUACAGGACCAAACUUUGCAGGGCUGGUAUAAAAGAUGUGGCUGUAAAUGCAGGCAAGCGUAGCAGGACAAACCCAGAUGGCACACCUUCCAGGGCAAACAUCAAAAGACCAAGAAGAGGAGAAGUGAACUUCCUUCCCAAUUAUCCCUCUGGUGAAACAAAGGACACACUGGAGAUAUUGAGGCUUAACAUGGUGGAGGAGUUCAAGAAGACUUCUGCUGAAAGAGACAUGCUUCUCAUCAACCAACAAAUGCAGCGUACCUUUUCACUAAGGCGGGAAGAAGUCAUCAAUUCUUCUCCUCCGAUUGCUGAACUAAGGGACAGAUGGCCUGCACUCUUUUGUGAAGCCCAGCUCUACUGCGAAUUCCAUCGGAUUACCAAUCAAAAUCUGCAGUUUUCCUUUUAUUCUGCGUUGGAUAAAUACACAUCACAGCUGCUGAAAUUGUACAAGAAGAAGACGACUGGGAGUUUUGGAGAGAAGCUGCAGGAGGUUGUGACAGCAUAUGAAGAACAGGACAAGAACAACAUCACUGCAGCCAGAACAGCAGCCCUUGCCGGCCUAACACUGUACCUGAAAGAGGAUUCGUCAGACAUAUUCAAGACUUGCACGGACGAGUUUGAGGUGUCCCAGGAGGAAGCUGUGGCUUUGGUGGCAGUGGUCGCUGAAGAUGAGGGACUAACAGGAGUUCCUUUUGACACACAGCAUGUGUCCGUCAUCCUGGAAGGCCAGGUUGUGAUGUCUACAAGAACAUGGACUGACUCGCUUGUUGUUUUGUUUGGUUUGAUGUAUGCUCUACAUUUGAGCUAUCCUGAAAAGCUGAGUGGCUUCUUUGAGUUUAUCCAAGUUGUCCUCCUUAAUCUUGAUGAAGGCCGAAAGCAGCUCAAACCAAAGUUGCAGGCAUUGAGAAAUGAGCUAGAGUAAAUGAUCAGCAUCUUUGUUGUUUUUCAUGUUCCUGAUAAUUAGUUCCUUGAAAAGUAAAAAUCCUGUACACUACUCUGGCUAAUUAUCAACAAUUUAUUAGAAAAAUCACAAAGGGUCAGUUGAGGUUCAGAGGGAUAGAAGCCUCGUGAUUUUUUUCUAAUAAAUUGGUCAUACAUAGCAAGAGUAGUGUGCAGGAUUUUUACUUUUCAAGCUAUUGUUUGUUGUCCUAUUCACAUCCCUCAUGUGAUAGUUGGAUGUGUUAACACCUUAACUUGCUGGAGUUGUGUCUCUGGAGGAGAGCGGAGGCUUCAGUGUAUCGGAUGUGCCUCCAAACAGCUGUUUGAUUCAGUAGAUGUUGCUCUUGAGCACCAGCAUUAAACUAAAACAAAGAGUCUCACCUUGUUCCUUUUAAAGGCUAUGUGUUUAGUUGCUGUUGAAAUUGAUAGAGAUAUUGUGCCUGGUGUUUCUAGUGUUUUAUAUUACCAUAAAGAAAUGGCAUGUUUAAAAAGAAAAACAGAAGUAAACCUGUGUAAAUGACCACUUGAAAUGAACAUUGAAAUGUUUUGUAGUUAUUGAUGUUCAGCAUUCAGCUUAAUAAACGAUUUAAGUUGGAUCAGACA